AUGCCGGUGCAGAACACAAGUUAUUUCGUUCCAGAACAGAGACGAGACCUGCCACACGCUGACACUGUCACUUCCAUCAUCUCUAGGCAUGGAGCAGGCAAGAACGAGGACACCUUCAAGACCUCCCCAUUUCAUUUUGAUCUGUGGUUCUACUUCACUCUGCAGAACUGGGUGCUGGACUUUGGGCGUCCCAUUGCGAUGAUAAUCCUACCUUUGGAGUGGUUUCCUCUAAAUAAACCAAGUGCUGGAGAUUAUUUCCACAUGGCUUACAAUGUUAUCACACCAUUUCUUCUGCUAAAGCUCAUCGAGAGAUCCCCCAAAACCUUACCAAGAUCAAUGGUCUAUGUCAGCAUCAUCAUGUUUGUCAUGGGAGCCAGCAUCCACCUAGUUGGAGACUCCGUAAACCAUCGCCUGAUUUUCAGUGGCUACCAGCACCAUCUGUCUGUAAGAGAGAAUCCCAUCAUCAAGAACCUGAAGCCAGAGACACUGAUUGAUUCCUUUGAGCUGCUGUACUACUAUGAUGAAUAUUUAGGUCAUUCAAUGUGGUAUAUCCCUUUUUUCCUGAUACUGUUUAUAUAUUUCACCGGCUGCUUCACCCCUGUUGAAGAGGAGAGCAGGAUGCCAGUGGCUGCCUUGCUUCUGAUGGGGCCCAGCAGCCUUUAUUACUGGUAUCUCGUGACAGAGGGUCAGAUUUUCAUCCUCUACAUUUUCACUUUCUUUGCCAUGAUGGCUUUAGUGAUGCACCAGAAACGCAAAGGACUUGUCCUGGACAGCAAUGGGCUUUUUCUGUUCUACUCCUUCAUCAUAACACUGGUCCUCAUUGCUGUUUGGGUGGUUUGGCUGUGGAAUGACAAAAUUCUCAGGAAGAAGUACCCUGGCGUGAUCUAUAUCCCCGAGCCAUGGGCAUUUUAUACCCUGCACAUGAACAACCUCCAUGCAGCAAAGGAAAGUUUAUAAGUUUUGAUAUUUUAAGAGUGAUUUGAAGAAAAAAAAAAAAAUCUAGUUUUUCUAAUGUAGAUGUACUUCAAAUAAAU